CUUUGCUUCCUCAAAGAAAAGAGACCAACUAUUCGAAGAAAACUUUCACGUGUAAGGCAAACACUUCUUAGAGGAUGGAUAGGAAAUCCUAGGGAGCGUCUGUAUCCAAGUAUUAAGCCGUCGCUCUUAGCUUAA